GUAAAACUGGCGGGUAAACGUACAUACAAGAGCUGCAGUAGUAUCGUGUGCGCUAUUCGACUAUACUCACUUUUGCAAUUGAUUAGCGUGGCAAGAAAACAAGGAAGUUCUUAGUCGGCCAUUUUACAUUUCUUUACUACGGGGGACUCGAAGACUUGCCGUCAUGAGUUCGCUAAAGUUGCAGAAGAGGCUAGCAGCCUCGGUAAUGAGAUGUGGCAAGAAAAAAGUCUGGUUGGACCCGAAUGAAAUCAACGAGAUUGCUAACACCAACUCGCGCCAGAACAUCCGUAAAUUGAUCAAGGAUGGUUUGAUCAUCAAGAAGCCCGUAGCGGUGCACUCGAGAGCCCGAGUACGCAAGAACACAGAAGCCAGACGCAAGGGUCGUCACUGUGGUUUUGGUAAGAGGAAAGGUACAGCGAACGCCCGUACUCCUCAAAAAGAUCUGUGGAUUCAACGCAUGAGAGUACUUCGUCGUUUACUCAAAAAGUACCGUGAGACCAAGAAAAUUGAUAGGCAUCUUUACCACUCGCUGUACAUGAAGGCUAAGGGUAACGUGUUCAAGAACAAGAGAGUCCUCAUGGAGUUCAUCCACAAGAAGAAGGCGGAGAAGGCUAGGGCAGAGAUGUUGUCUGACCAAGCUGAAGCACGCAGGACGAAGGUCCGCGAGGCACGUAAGCGCAGGGCUGAGCGCAUUGCUACCAAGAAACAGGAGCUGUUACAGUCGUAUCAGCGUGAAGAUGAAGCUGCGGCAGCGCAGAAAAAGUAAUCUAAGCGAAAUUAAUUUUUAUUCUAUAAAAUAAAAGAAAAAAGGACAGA